GUAUGGCAAUAUUUUUAAUAAAUUCUAUUGCCUUAUUGGCAAUGAUUGUUGUUAAAUUCCGAGACGCUAUGGCUCUUGAUCAAGCUGGACGUGACGCAGUAGUGUAUUGGCACAAUUAUUUCCGUGCUGAACUAGUUGCAGGAAGGGUUAAAAAUAAAACGGGAGAGCUUUUGCCAAAAGCAAAGGAUAUGAAGCAAAUGUAUUUCUCUCUUGAGCUUGAAAAGCAGGCACAGGAAUGGGCUGAUAAAUGCACUUAUAGUCAUUCUGAUCCAUAUGGAAAUUAUGGAGAGAAUUUCUAUGCUUAUUCAAAAGAAGACAAUGAUGCUGCUGCCAUCGAGUAUGUAGUAAAAGGAUGGUGGUCAGAGUUGGAAUACAGAGGAGCUUUGGGACCAUAUCCUGGCCAAGACUGCGUUGCAUUUGAUGCAGCUCAAAAUAAUAGAGGUAUUGGACAUUGGACACAACUUGCUUGGUUUAACACUUAUCAAGUCGGGUGUGGAAUUGGACGUUGCCCCAAAUAUAAAUCUUAUGUUGUUUGCCAAUACAAGCCACCUGGAAAUGUUUAUACAGGAUGUGUUUAUCAUGCUGGUGAGCCUUGUACAAGUUGCCCAAACUCAUGCAACGCAACAUCCAAACUCUGUCUUGAUCCGAAAUACGUAUCAACAACUACUGGUACUACAAAAAUUAGUGAGGAUUAUGACGAAGAAGAUUAAAAAUAAUUAAGAUAAUAAAAGAGAAUUCAAAUAAAUUAAUUAAAUAUUUUGAUGUAAAAUUGUAAUGGAGUUAAAGUAGUAAAUCUAUAAACUGAAAAGUAGUAAAUAUACCCCAAAAUCCUAAAUCUUUUACUAAAUCCUAAAUCUUUUAUAAGCAUUAAUCUUUUAUAAUCAAUCAUUAAUCCUUUAAUCUUAGGUAUACAUGG